GCGCUAUAUAGACUUCACUCGGUGAUACAGAAAGGGAGCACGCAAUCUCUGCCACGUAUCCAUCUCUUGCCACCUCGACGAAGGCCUCGUUUUCGACUGUGAGAUGUCUUCCGUAAGCUACCUUCCUGGAGACUUUGAAGCCCUGGCGUGGCGUCCCGUGCAAUUUGUGGAUCUUGCAUCGACGAUAUCGUGUGACUUAUGCGCCGUCGUUCCUCAGAAUAUCGUGAGGCUGGAAUGUUUUCAUCGUCUUUGUGAGGAUUGUUAUCGCAGUAUCCUUCGAACCACCCGACAGUGUCCGGUCGACCAGCAAGGGUUUCUUGAAAGUGAAGUGCAAGCAUUCCCCAUUAGAAUGACGCGUCUGCACAAACUGCAUGUUCGCUGUUGCAACUUCAACCAUGGAUGUAAUUUCGUCGGAUCGCUGGAACGGAUGAAAUCUCACUUCUUGAAGGACUGCGAGUUUCAUCCACUAGCAUGUAAGAAGUGUUGUGCAACCGUACCCCUUAAAGACAUCAUCACCCAUUACAUGGAAGAACAGUGCGGGGCUCAAAAUACUCCCUGUCCGAGCGAAGAUGUUUGUAUUGACACGAGCGUCAUCGGGAUUGGAAGACAGAUCAACUCCUCACUAUCAGAUAUAGCGGAUAAGCUACGUGCUAUUGAAGACCAAUUAAAUAGCCAUGCUGUUGGGAUCGACAGUACGAAAGAGUGCGUCGUGAAUUAUGCUCAAGUACUCCGCACGAUUCAAGAGGAACAUAGGCUUUCCACAGAAGGUGUAUCAAACUUGGCCUCUACACUGCAUACAGUUACGGAAGCGCUAUCUUCUAUUGAAGACCAAUUUAGCAACGAAGUUGGACGUGGCGCAGAGGUUCAGAAUAUCGUCACUUCAAACCGGGAGAGGCUGAUAGGUCUGAUGGAAUUGCAAGAUGAUCAUUCAGCGUCAACCGAGUACAAACUGAGCAGCAUGAAAGAUAUCCUCCGAACUCUACGGGAUUCAAAUGGAUACGGAGGCAACGUUGCCUUUUUUCACGUCCAAGACGUCGAUGAGCUUCAGAAGGAAGCAAAGGAAAAGGGGUUUGCCGGCACCUACUCUGAUGUUUUUACGUUGUUUGGUUACUCCGUAAAGUUAAGUGUGAAAUUCAAACAAUAUGAUGGCAUCAUGUACAUAGGUGCUUUUCUCAGUGUUUGUCGUGGCACCAAAGACUCUCUGUUGAAAUGGCCCUUCUUAUUUCCCUAUACGCUCACCUUGAUGCAUCCAUCUGACGAGAAAAAGAAUAUUCGGCAUUGUGCUGAUGUACCAAACGCGUUUAAAAAUUUUCCAGAAUGUUUCAAUAGGCCUGUCGAAAGUGCAAAUAAGAGCUACGGCUUGUUUAGGUUGUGCAAACUCGAAGAUGCUCUGAUUGGAGGUUUUGUUCACGAGAACUCAAUUACUGUGGGCGUUACCCUCGUCAUGAGCAGUAUGUGACUCAAGCUAUGAGCCCAAAAGCACCAGCUUCUUGUCUGUUAACUGCCAGGGCUGGGCAAGAUACUUAAAAAAAAGUAUCUUCGAUGCCGAUACUCGAUACCCUCAAAAAUUGUAUUUCCGAUACCGAUACAAGAUACAGAACCGAAAUUGAUUUUCGAUACAGAUACUCGGUACUGUAUCGUCGAUACUUUGAUACAUAACUGAAAUCUCGAUUAUAAUACAGCUGGUGUUAUGAUUAGCGAAGUUUAUAUUACUGAAAUCACAAUAUAAUAAAGCUGGUGUUAUGAUUCGCGAAGGUUACAUCACUGAAAUAACAAUAUAAUAAAGCUGGUAAUACGAUUAGGGAAGUAAAAACAUUUAUUCGUUAUUUCUAGAGCCUUUAGUGUAUUUUUAUAGCGCACUUUUUCUGACAGGGCUUGAACGUAUCCGACCGCACGGACUUAAUGAAGCUGCACUAUCCAAGCAGCUAGUCUUGUUAGAACUUUAGACUGAAGCCAUGGGUACGUUGAAACGAUCGCAUCAAUAAACAGCCCAGCAAAAAACAAUUCUUUAAGACAAUGUUCUUCGUGCGUACCGGUCUGUGAGAACUUGACUAUACAUACGAAUAAACCUGAAACUUUUUUUCUGCCGCUUU